GUAUAUGAUUAAUACAAUAUUGAAUGAAGGUCAGUGUAGUAACACAGCUACUCAUCUGACUCGUUCCCAAGUCCUUGCAAGUUGAAGGAUCAAUUUCGUUUGAAAUUCAGUGAAUCAAAUACAACAGUUUAGUGGUUGUGAUAGUUUUAUAUCAAUUCAUGCUUCAACUCACUUUGGGGGUGGCUAUAGUGGCCGCCCUGUAUUAUUUUAUCUGUGUUAAACCUAUGAGAUACUGGAAAAAUCGUGGUAUUCAGCAAACAAAUCCAAUAUGGCUUUUUGGGGACAGUUGGAGUACACUGAUGAGACAGGAAAGCACAUCAGAUCAAGCAGUGAGAUGUUAUAAUCAGUUUCCAGGAGUCAGAUAUUUUGGAUGGUACCAGUUUUCUCUUCCUACACUGAUGAUCAAAGAUCCAGAACUAAUCAAGCAGAUCACAGUUAAGGAUUUCGACCACUUCACCGACCAUAGGUCUUUUUUUCCUGAAGAUGUAGAACCUCUGUGGAGCAAAAAUUUAUUUGCAUUAACAGGAAAAAAAUGGCGUGAUAUGAGACCAAUUCUUAGUCCAACCUUCACAAGCAGCAAAAUGCGAACAAUGUUUCUAUUGAUAUCGGACUGCUCAGAAAAAUUCGUGAAACAUUUUGUAGAAAAUAAUGAAAACUGUAUUGAAAUAGAAAUGAAGAACAUUUUCACUCGUUUCACGAAUGACGUCAUAGCAACAACAGCUUUCGGUGUUGAAGUCGAUUCGAUGAAACAACCCAAUAACGAGUUCUAUCUGAUGGGAAAAGAAGUAAAUAACUCCACUGGAUUUUGGAGACUUCUCAAGAUUUUUGGAUAUUUCAUAAUCCCCAGCGUUUACCAUUUUUUUAGGAUAUCUGUAUCUCCAUUCACCAAAAAAAUUAGUAUGUUCUUUCGUGAGUUGGUGGAUGACACUAUAAAAUUUCGAGAAGAAAACAAUAUCGUUCGUCCUGAUAUGAUACAUUUAUUAAUGGAAUCCAGGAAAGGGAUCGAACAUAAAGAAGAAAAUGUAGACAUAGGUACAGGUUUUGCUACAGUUGAAGAAAGUUUUAUGGGCAAAGGGAUUUCUGGAAAGGAGAUAACUAAUACAGACAUAACGGCGCAGGCAUUGAUUUUCUUUUUUGCUGGUUUCGAACAAGUUUCGUCACUUAUGUGCUUCAUGGCUCUGGAACUAGCUAUACAUGAUGAUGUCCAAACUAGACUCAGGGAAGAAAUCAAGAAAACUAUAAGUAGUUGUGGAGGAAACCUCACCUACGAGGCCCUAAUGAAAAUGAAGUACAUGGAUAUGGUUGUUUCAGAAACCCUCAGAAAAUGGCCCACUACUGUACUGACAGAUAGAAUAUGCACGAAAGCUUACAUCAUAGAACCACAGAAUCCAGGUGAACAGCCAUUACAUUUGGAAAGAAACGCUAACAUUACCAUUCCAAUGUUUGCAAUACAUCGGGACCCAAAAUACUAUCCAGAUCCGGACCGUUUUGAUCCAGAAAGAUUUAAUGAUGAAAAUAAAUUAAAAAUCAACCCCUAUACUUAUGCGCCGUUUGGAUUUGGACCUCGUAACUGUAUCGGUUCCAGAUUUGCUCUUCUAGAAACGAAAUUGAUAUUUUUCCAUCUUCUCAGCCAUUUUGAACUCGUUCCAGUAAAGAAAACUUGCACACCUUUGAGAGCAUCCAAGAAAAGUUUCAAUUUGGUUGCUGACGGAGGUUUUUGGGUGGGCAUGAGAAAGUUGACAAAGUCAAUGAAGUCAACUUUAUCAACUCAUACAUAGUUGUAUUAUUCCAUUUCAUCUAAUAAUGAAAGCCAUAUAAUAAAUGAUUUCAAGAUACUGAGAAAAAAACAAA